AUGAAGUGGUGUCUGGUCGCUGCUGGCCUGAAGGACUUGAGCCGUCCUCCAGACAAGCUAUCCGUAUCGCAAAACGUCGCUCUUGCUGCUACUGGAUUCAUCUGGGUCCGAUACUCACUCGUUAUUACUCCCGUUAACUACUCGCUUGCGGCGGUCAACUUUUUUGUCGGAGCGUCGGGUGUCACCCAAUUGUACAGGAUUUGGGACCAUCGUCGAAAGAACCCUGCUCCAUUGGUAACUCCCAAGUUGGCAGCAGAUUAA